AUCCACGAAUCAGUGGUGCGUGUUCUCUCCUCUGCCUCUCCGUGUGUCGAGUCCGAAAGUAGCUUUUACACGGCGUCAUGUACGUGCGGAAGUGUUUGUUGUUGAGCCUGGGCCUGGUGUGCCUGGUCACAGCCCAGGACGACGGCGGCCUCCUGGACAAGGGCUACCGGGCGGCCUACCGGGUCUACGAGGACUGCCAUCAGCGCAACGUCGGCGUCUCGGCCUGCAUCAAGAAGAAGGCCAUCGGCUUCUUCGACCGGCUCGCCAGGAUCGAGAACCUGCCGAUCGCCGAGAACCUCGAGCUGGUCAAGGCGCCCGGGGCCCAGAUCGAGCCGGUCAGGAACAUAACCGAGCUCGAGGCGACCCUCGGCCGCACCAGCGGCGGCAGCCGCGACGAUGUCCUCAACGACAUCCUCCUCGAGCGCGUCUCCUCGCUCAUGAACAGCUUCAACGUGCAGAUCCGCCUGCCCAAGACCUCGGCCGGCGAGCUCAAGCGCUCCAUGGAGGAGGGCCGCGGCAAGAUGAAGAAAAUGAUGGGCAUGAUGAUGAUGGGCAUGGCCAUGAAGAUGGCCGCGAUGAUCCCCCUGGCGAUGGGCGUCCUCUUCCUCCUGGCCGGCAAGGCCCUGAUCAUUUCGAAGAUCGCCCUGGUGCUGUCCAUGAUCAUCGGGCUGAAGAAGCUGCUGUCCCAGAAGCAGGGCGGCGGUGACCACGGACACGGCUGGCAGUCCGGCGGUGGCGGCGGCGGCGGCGGCUGGGACCGAAGCCUCAAGGCCCUCGACCUGGACAACGGCGAGCAGGAGUACGCGCAGAACCUGGCCUACGGCGCCAGCAGGCAGCAGAGGAAGUAAGGGGCUUCACACGGCGCGCUAACGAAGUUCUUCUAUCUAUCAUGACGGUAACUGUACUGUGACGUGACGCACGAGACUGUGAAUUACGGACGCUUCGAUCGGGUGUUUUCUUUCUAUAUACUUACGAAUUCGGGAUUAGCGGCGAGGACGCUGACUGUAUUUUACACUGAAAACCAGUACUUCUGUGCCAAUGCAUACUGUAUAUUCAUUAUGCUCGACUGAAAAUUGACCUGAACGCAUGUACGGAAAAUCGAAAUCCUUCAAGUGUUCAUAUUACUCGUAACGCAAUCAGUAUUAGUACUUAGGACGUGUGCCGAUGAUUUUCUAUCCUGUCCGAGGUUGUUAAAAUAACACACACACACACAAACGCAUCUCAGAGCUGCUCACUUUACUCUCUUAGCACACAAAUCGCUACAUGAGAAUUCCGAUCCUCGCACGAUGGAAAAUCGUUGGCAUUAGAAUUGACAAAAAAAAAUUGUGUACCACGUCGUCUGAUCAUUUGUAUAGACGCACUUGGGACGCGGAGACGUGACAUUACUCGACGAGGACGAACUAAGCCUUUUGUACAUCGCGGCACUCAAUCUUCUUCUGUAGUCCGGUAGCGCACGCGAGGAGAGAUGACGUUUAUUAUAGACUCGCGAGGGAAAACGAAAAGGCUAUAACAUAGUGUGUGCGCGAGAGGAAUAACCUCUCGAGUGUAUUCCUCUCUCGGAAAUUGCUGGCCGAGCAUCUAAUGACAGGCACUUCUCCGCGACUCCAUCUUGUUCUCGUCUUUUUUUCCUUCUCCCUCUCCCUUUAUCUCUAUCCCUCUGUCUCUCUCUUUCUCUUUAAUCGUCCUUCUCUCGCAUGUGCGAGCCGGACAGCUGAUGGACGGAUAACGAGGCGCGAUGUGUAACCCGCUCUGGGCUUCUUUGUUUAUACACGCGACUGUACACAAAACUCGAUGGAGUCGCGGUGGGAAGUGCCCGUCGUCUAUAAUAAUAAUACUCGCUCGAGUCUCCGAGAGGAAUGGCAUUUCAAAUUUACGAACUAAUUUAUUUAUUUAUUUAUUUGUAUUUAUAUGUUUGAUUAACUCUUGAAUUAACGCUAUACUGUAAUAUUGCGCCGAGUCGCGCACCGACAACAUUGUAAUGCUCUCUCUGUCUGUCUGCAUAACUGUAAGGUACGAAGCAAACUACCAGAAAAGAGAAUAAUAAAGUCAAAUUGUUCUUUCUU